AUGUCAGUUGUUGACUGUGUGGUUACUUGUAUAGCGCACCGUGCUGAUUGCGAGAACAUCUCUGUGACGAAAGUCGAACAAGAGCUGAUUCAACAGCUGAAGGCCUCGAGCAAGGAAGUCGAAUUAAACAGCGAGAAAGGUACUCAGGGUAUCAGAUGGCUAUGCAAAGGCAAGAGUGUUGAUAUUUAUGUGAAAGUUGCGGACGGUGGGUUAGAUGAGUUGAAACGUGCCGUUUCCACAGUGGAACCGUUGUUCUCUGGUGUAGACCUCAUCGUGCAAUUGGACAAUGAGUUCAGAAAGAACAAGCAAUUGUUUGUUUUUGACAUGGAUUCAACCUUGAUUUACCAAGAAGUCAUCGAGAUGAUUGCCGCAUACGCGGAUGUGGAACCUCAAGUGAAAUUGAUCACGGACCGUGCCAUGAAUAAUGAGAUCGAUUUCUGUCAAUCUUUGAGAGAACGUGUGAAAUUAUUGAAGGGAAUUCAAACGAGACACUUAUACGAUGAAAUUAAACCUAGAUUAAGAGUCACCAAGGGUGUCCCAGAGCUAUCGAGGGCGUUGAAGUCCCAAGGUUGUAAAUUGGCAGUGUUAAGUGGUGGGUUCAUCCCGUUUGCUAACUACAUUAAGGAAAAGUUAAACUUCGAUUUUGCAUUGGCUAAUACUCUGGGUGUGGAAGUGUCGGAUGACGGUACUGAACAAUUGAACGGUGAAGCACUCGGCGAUAUAGUUGACGGAGUGCGCAAGGCCAAGACGUUGGUGGCUCUUGCAGAACAGUACAAUUCUCCGAUCGAAUCCACCGUCAUGGUCGGAGAUGGUGGUAAUGAUUUGAACGCAAUGGCCGCAGCUGGGUUCGGAAUCGCAUGGAACGCCAAGCCAAAGGUCCAAGAACAAGCCCCAUGUAAGUUAAACAGUGAUACAAUGAUAGACGUCCUAUACAUCCUGGGGCACACUGAGAAGGAGAUAGAAACCAUGAUCAAAGAAUAG